UAAGUCUGUGGUCAAAAUCAGCUGGUUGCAUUGAAAAUGUCAAAAACUUUAACUUUGUUGUUAUAAAAUAAUUUAGAGAUUUAGCUUUGUUUGCUAGAAAAUGGAUAAAAAUUAUGUUAAAUCCAUAAUAGAAGGACUAAAAUCUUCAUCCUCCAGCCGUGUCCAGGAAACCCUAUUAAAAAUAAGAAGCAAAAUCAUAACUAACGACAGUGGAAUAAAGCUCUUUAGGGAAUGUGGUGGUUUAGAAUGUUUAUUGCCACAUUUGCGCAAACCUAAUGAAAGAAUUCUGGAUAUUACGUUAAGCAUACUCGGUAAUUGCUGCCUUGAAGAAGAAAGCAGUUUAGCGGUUGGCAAAUUGUACAGCUUUGGUCCAUUGGUAAACAUAAUAAAAACAGUAUGCCGUGACAGCAUAGUGGGCAGGGCUUGUCGUGUGAUUGGCAACCUGGCACAAAGAAAUUCUAACGCAGACGGCUUACACAACCAUGGCGCAGUGUCUGCAUUGGUCACCCUCAUUGAAAGCAGAGACAAGAACACUUCCUAUCCAACGCUCACAAUGGCUGUGCGAGCUAUCAGGCAACUCUGGAUGGUAACAGAAAAAAGGGAAGAAAUGCUAAGCCUGAACUCUGUACGCUGCAUAGCAAUACUUCUUACAACAGAAUGUGAAACAGCAGGCAUCAUAAAGUCAACUGGUCCUGUUCGAGAGUCAGAUGGGCUCAGAAAAAGUCAAGAAGAACUGAUUUCUGGUAUACUAAAAUGCUUAGGGUACUUUACUACUCACUCUACUAUACAGUGUGCCGAACAGAUCCAAGGAGAUGGGAGAGGCUAUCAAUGCCUUGUGGCACUUACAAAAAAGUUUGAAUCACUUGCUCUAAAAUGCCUGAUGAAUCUUUGCUACUUGUCUAGCUGUCGACCACUCCUAGGCAUUGCAGGCUUUGUUGAAUGUUUAGUUGGCAUACUGCAAAAAAUAACUGAUGUUGACCUAUGGCCAGAAGGCACUGCUCAUGCGUUGGCGCAGCUCAGCGGCGAGUCAGUAAACCGCUCGCGCUUACGUCACUGCGGCGGCUUACCGCUGUUGGUAGCUGCCGCUCGCGUCAAUCCUCACGCCAUGCAUGCUCUACUACAAUACGUUUUCGAUGACACAUCAUUCCAAAUUUUGGUCAAUGAAGGUCUUGUAAGUUUGCUUACUGAUGAACUGACUACGUAUCUCACAACAAUGAACUAUGAACACACCAAUCUAGAACAUUCAUCCAUGUUGUGUGAGGCGGUAGAAAAAGUCAAGGAAACUCAAAAGGAAACUAAAUCUGAUGCAGAAUUACAAACUGGUGAAUCUACCUCAAGUACUGAUGGAAAAGUUAGUUUGUUUGCUCGACGCAAGGGUCCACUGUCGAGUCAAAAUGAAGACGAGUUGAAGGUAGUAAUCGAAAGAGACAAUAUGAUUGUCGGAUUCGUUGAUGCUGUGGACAGCGACGCAACCGAUGAUAGUCAAAGUGAAGAUGAGGCGCCGCCACUUAGACGCAAGGGUCUCAAAAGAGCUCGAUCUAAAAGCCCUAAAGCUAUCAAAAAGAAAUCUCAACUCAUCAAAAUGGCGAGCAAGGAUUGGUCAGCUGGUGUAUAUUGGGAACCUAAAAGUCCCGAAUGGCCUCCAAACUCCCAACCAUCAGGUUCUCGCGUCUCAAUGAGUCCAGACAGAGGAGACCACGGUCCAUUAUCGCCGUACUCUGAUGGCUAUCAGUCUGGGUUUAGUCCAGAAUACAGGGGCUUCUCUUCCAAUAAACGGCCCAAAUGGGACUGGAGUCCAGAAUCGGGCGUCAGUUCAGGAGAAGCUAGUUCAAUGUCUCCCUACUGGAAUGACUGGAGUCCAAAUAGUUCAGGGGGACCUUCUUCACCGUUUAGCAUUAAAGAAGAUAGUUCUGACUCGGAAAUCUCCGGUCGCUACUCGCCUGUGUGCAGUGACAACGAGGGCGAGUUGGUAGAUUUGGCCGGCGUUACCAGUGCGGCUGCCGAGUUGGACGCGGCGCAAGUGGCGCAUGACUUGGACGAACUUAUUAUGGAAGACGAUGAUGAUGUAGAGGAAGAAGCUCCAUUAGAAGAUGUUGUGCAAAUCGCCACCAACAGCAAGUCUUCCCGCAUAGCAUGCGUUUUAGUAUUACUGUUCCGAGUAUCUCACGGCGCGUGCAACUCGUUCGGCGCUCUUCGCGAGGAGCCCGUGCCCAACCAAACACUAGAGCUGUUGACGGGACGAGAGUGCCUCAAUGCCUUGUUGGAUUAUGUAGAGCGAUGCAAGCGACCUCUAGGGCGAGCUGCCCGCAUACUCGCACGUGUAUUAAGCAACGCUUUAUGCCUGAUGAGCAUACUGAAGCACAGACUAGCUCUAAGGUUACAUAAUAUGUCGGUCAGUUCUAAGCAUCCGCCUACUAAAUGCCAGCAGUGCAAACAAAUCCUUAGGCUAAGUUCCAAGCUUUUGAGUCAGCUGACUAUAUUAGCGGAGUCGAGUUACGGUAUUGGCGAGAUUAGCUAUCAGCUCCUCAAAGGAACCUCAUCUAUGAAACAAACGCUGUCCCUAACACUGCCUUACAUCGUGCGAACCGAAAAACCACUCAAGAAAUAUUUAAUAGACUGCAGUGCACUUAAUCUAUUGUUCAGUAUAAUAGCUGAAUCCAAGGAAGACAUACAAGACUGCGUAACAGCUUUAGCCAAACUAGCCAAUAAUGUGCAUAUAAAAGAUCCUAAGGUGCUUGAAAAUAGGUUCACUGGUCAAAUAUGUGUUAGUUACGAUCCCAUACUUGAUAAUUUAUCCCUUGAUGAAAUAGUGACAUUUGAACUAGAUGAUUUGACGACGGUCAAAGCCAACAGGGUAUUUCUGUGUCAAAACUCCGAGGUUUUCAGUGCCAUGCUAAUGGGCUGUUUCAAGGAGUCGGUAGAAAAAUGUGUAAGAUUGAAGAAUGUCACCAAACCUGCAUUAGAAUACCUAUUGACGUUGUUACACUUUGGGUUAAAUAAUUCUAAAUGUGAAGUCCAAGUCUUCCCAAUGGCAGAAAAAUUAGAAACCAAUUUAGAAGUACUUUUACUAGCUGAUAGAUUCUUAUUUGAGAAACUCAAAGGAUUGCUUAGCAGUGCUAUUCUACAGUUCCAGUUGAAUCCAGACACUGCAGAUAAAAUAUAUGUAUGGUCUUUAAGUGAGGGCAUGGGUUUCUUAUGUGUAGAAUCAGUUGCUUACUUACUAACAGGUAAAAUGUGCGAGUCUGAGCGCACUAAAUCCUUCCGUAAUAUACUUAAUUUAGAAUAUAAGGAACAAUGGCUUGAAGAUAUCAAAUCUAUGAUUCUUAGGCAGUUAGUGAAAUGAUCAGAAAGGAGACUUGAUGUUUCUCUAUUACCAUUAUAUUACUUUAGUGAGGAAUUAUUUAAUGUGAUAACUGCCAUUUAUAACUUUGUAACACCAUGUAUAUAUUAUGAGUUGGCAUAUUUUAAAAUAAUAUUAGGUUUAAUGUUUUUCAAAAUUUAUGCAUUUAAUUUUUACAAAGCUUAUAAUUAUAGGAAUUAAUUACCCACCUUUAUUAUUAUAUUUCGUGUUUUGGUAUUGUGAAUAGAAAUAUGGCAUCUUUUU